GAACUGGAGCGGGGUCAGGGGGAGCCGAGCAGACUCACCCCAGGAUGUGGACCCUGAGUGGGGGGAGAGAGAGAGGCUGCUCUGGCUCAGUCACCUGAGGGCUCCACCCCUGGACAGCCAGGGCAACAUACUGCCCCCUAGUGGCUUUAAACGGUGUGGACGAUAUGGGCCGCAGACAGAGGACCCUCAGACAGGAAUGACACACACCUCCACCACCCAAAGCCUGCCCCUGCCGCCUCUCCUCAUGCUCCGCAGACACACCCUCUGCUACCGGUUACCUCGGAAAUGACCCCCGGAGCACCUGAUUUGCCCCAUGAAGGGCAGAGCAAAGACUUCCUGAACACUCACCCUGACAAAGAUGAGGGUGGUGCUACUACCUUCUCAUCGUCGACAUGCAACCCCAACCUGUGGAAUAUGUUGCAUGCAGCCGAGACCAGAUGGAGCGAGCAGUCUCAACCGUCCAACGGAAACGGGGCCGAUGUGUCAGUUGGGGCGGGAGAGACCGUGAUCGACGCGCUAAAUAUGGAGAGGCAAAUCCAGUUUGCUGAUCAGAAGCAGGAGUUUAACAAACGUCUCACUAAGACCGGUCGUCGCUCCCUGUCCCGCUCCCUCUCCCAUUCCUCCACAGACAGCUACAGCUCAGCUGCGUCGUACACAGACAGUUCAGAGGAUGAGAUGUCUCCUAGAGACAGGCAGCACAGGAGCUCUAAGGGACAUCAAGACUUCUGCAUCAAGAACAUCAAACAGGCCGACUUUGGACGCAGGGAGAUCGAGAUUGCUGAACAAGAGAUGCCAGCUCUGAUGGCCCUGAGAAAGAGAUCAGGGGGCGAAAAGCCGCUGGUUGGUGCUAAAGUAGUGGGCUGCACUCACAUCACCGCUCAGACCGCUGUCUUGAUGGAGACUCUGUCUGCGUUGGGAGCUCAGUGUCGCUGGGCAGCCUGUAACAUCUACUCCACCCAGAAUGCUGUGGCUGCAGCUCUGGCUGAGGGAGGCUUCUCUGUGUUUGCAUGGAAGGGGGAGUCGGAGGAUGACUUCUGGUGGUGUAUUGACCGCUGUGUCAGCCUGGAGGCCUGGCAGCCCAAUAUGAUCCUGGAUGACGGGGGAGACCUGACCCACUGGAUCUUUAAGAAAUACCCCAACAUGUUCAAGAUGAUCAAGGGAAUCGUGGAAGAGAGUGUCACAGGGGUUCACAGGCUGUACCAGCUGUCCAAGGCAGGGAGACUGUGUGUCCCUGCUAUGAACGUCAAUGACUCCAUUACUAAGCAGAAGUUUGACAACCUCUACUGCUGCAGGGAGUCCAUACUGGAUGGAUUGAAACGCUCUACAGAUGUGAUGUUUGGGGGAAAGCAGGUGGUGGUGUGUGGCUAUGGAGAGGUUGGUAAAGGUUGCUCUGCCGCUCUGAAGGCCAUGGGAUCAGUAGUGUAUGUCACGGAGGUGGACCCCAUAUGUGCCCUGCAGGCCUGCAUGGAUGGCUUCAGACUGGUCAAGCUCAAUGAGGUCAUCAGACAGGUGGACCUGGUCAUCACCUGCACAGGCAACAAGAAUGUGGUAGCAAGAGAGUACCUGGACAGGAUGAAGAACGGCUGCAUCGUCUGUAACAUGGGACACUCCAACACUGAGAUAGACGUGGUGAGUCUGCGGACCCCAGAGUUGACCUGGGAGAAAGUGAGAUCACAGGUGGACCAUGUCAUCUGGCCCGAUGGCAAGAGAAUAAUCUUACUGGCAGAAGGUCGUCUGUUGAAUCUGAGCUGCUCCACAGUGCCCACCUUCGUCCUCUCCAUCACCGCCACCACACAGGCCCUGGCUCUGAUAGAGCUUUACAACGCCCCAGAGGGACGAUAUAAACAAGACGUCUACCUUCUGCCCAAAAAGAUGGAUGAGUUUGUGGCCAGUCUCCACCUGCCAACAUUUGAUGCCCACCUCACAGAGCUGACGGAUGAGCAGGGCAAAUACCUGGGCCUCAGCAAGACCGGACCCUUUAAACCAAACUACUACAGAUACUAAUCUAUGGUAGUGAAGACCAAAGACAUACCAUACCAUCCCAAAGACUGGCUCAGAGGGAAGGAGGACCAGGAGACCUGGCUCAGAUUUGUGUUUGUGGGGAACUAUAGCCCAGCACUGACGGGUAACACCACAACCAUGAUGUCUGACUGACCUUUAACCCCUGUCCUCUGACCUCUGCUGAGCCAUCUGACCUCACUGGAGGGCUGUCAUUGGUCUGAGAGAAUUGAUAUGCUGAGAAGCUCUUUUUUAAUGUACAUAAAGUAUUAUUGUGAACAGAAGCAGAAAUGAUCAUUUCCCACCAGAUUCAUAUCCCAAGGCCAGACUCAGUUGCCGGGUUUGAGUUUUCUAUUUUACAUUAUUUUUAUCUGUUGUCUGAAGUGGCAGGGUUUGGAGAAGGUGUAUGUUAUUUAGCGGAACAGAGGAACAGAGGAACACAGAUUAUCUAAUAAAAAUAUAAAUACAUCUUAUUUUCAAUCUUUCCAAAGAUAUCUAAAUAAUGUUUAAACUUUCUGAAUGUAAACAAAGCAGAUAAGUAAUAACAAAUAGGUUAAAGUUGACCAAAUGUUACAUUUUAUCAUGUUUUUUUCUGCGUCUUUUCCAAAGAUAAAGUUGUGACCCAGCUGCAAGUCAGUCUCAUUAACUCUGCCUAGUGGUUAGAGCAUUGGACUAGUAACCGAAAGGUUGUAAAUUCAAAUCCCCGAGCUGACAAGGUACAAAAUCUGUCGUUCUGCCCCUGAACAGGCAGUUAACCCACUGUUCCUAGGCCGUCAUUGAAAAUAAGAAUUUGUUCUUAACUGACUUGCCUAGUUAAAUAAAGGUUAAAAAAAACAAUAAUAAUAAAAUUUAAAAAACAGUGUCUCUAUAGUUCUAACUAUGCCCAAUAGGUGGUGCAAUGAAGCUAGUCAAAGAAGUGUAGCGGCUGUUCUGUGGAUGUUUCUGGAGUUUGGUUACUCACACACACACACACACACACACACUUACAUGAUACAGUGGUAGAUGGACCUGUGUGUUUGUUUAGGUCUUCCCUCCUGACCUGUAGAUAAUAUGUGGGGUGAAGAGAUAGACUGAUCCAGAGUCAUUACUUUACUGUACGUGCCCUUCUGGAUGGGAGAGGUGAUAGCAGAGCCAAUGUUAUGUAUGACCUGUCCUGUCUUACCAUACCUCCUGGCCCCUCCUAAUAACAUACAUAGUUGAAUUAAACUUAUUUUUAUUUUUUUAAAUUUUUUUGCUUUAACACUGAUUUAGUUUAAAUUACCUAUAAAAAAUAAUUGUCUUGUUAAAUUAAAUAUGGCUCAAGUAAUUAUGACUGACAGGGUUGUAUACCUAUCAUGUGCAUCAUGAAGUCACGUCUCUUUUUUUACCGCCAUUUCGAAUUAGUAGUGGGUGGAGCGUUAGUUAAACACAACAGUGUGCCUCGUGAUCAGUAGGCCUGGAUACCUUCAAAAUAGAUAUUAGAAAUUGGUUUUAAAAGAAUGCAUCAUCUGCUGCAACAAGUGCCGCUCAAAUUCCACUCGUCCAAGCCACUGCUACGGUUGCUGGCGAUCACAGCAAGAGUUCAUUUUAUUAGUAUUAUAAUGUUUCUUAGGACGAAUGAAUAAUGGAUUUCUUUGUGAUGGUGUAUAUUAAAUUGAUUUAUUUUUUUUAAAGACGCCCACCCACGUCCCACACUCCCACUCGUCAAUCGUGGUGCCGGCAUUAGCGCAUGGGAGGUGUAAAAGACUUAUGCCGGCAAUAUGUGGUAAAAAUUUUGCCGUUUUUUAGAUGCAGCAUACGGAAAUUCUUCUGUGAACUAGAGGCAAAUCUUUUGGGAUGAUUCCCAAUCUACUUCAUUACUGUCGGAAUUAUUCUUGCCUUGGUUUGCACAUGUAAUCAAAGAUUUGCAUUAGCCUAUUAUAAAGGAUAUGUCGAUAUGAACAGCUAAGAGGAGUGUUGUUAGUAAAAUCAUUUACAUUUCUUUGAAAUCUUACUGUAUUUCGCCAUUUUAUGUAGUUAGGCCAUGCAUACUACAAAUAUACGGAGCUGUCCAUAGUGCUUAAGUUAGAGAUCAAUGUACCAUUAAUGAGGAAGUGAAUGAGGAAGCCUACAGAUCACCAACAGGCCAAAUCAGCACGUAGAACAUGGCCAGGAGUAUGUAGGCCUAAGUUGUGCCUUUUAUUAUGUUUUUGGAAUGCUCUAUAACAAUGGGAAUUAAAAUUCCAACCCCACACAUUGUGUAAAUUGUAUGUUUACAUCUUAAUAAAGAAGACUUUUGGCA